AACUGUUUUUGUCUCCAGGUUCUAAUAGCCACCAGCACAUUGGCCUGGGGUGUCAACUUCCCAGCUCACCUGGUCAUUGUCAAAGGUACUGAGUACUUUGAUGGUAAGACCAAACGCUAUGUGGAUUUCCCUAUCACAGGUAUGUUUUCGAGGCAGAGAUUUUAA